UAGCGGGGACAAGUAAUUUUGAACUCCGAAGUUAGGAAGCUGAAAACAAUGGAGGAAGCGAAGGGGUUGGUGAAGCAUGUGCUGCUCGCCAAGUUCAAGGACGAGACCCCACCUGACCAAAUCGAGCAACUCAUCAAGGGUUACGCCAAUCUCGUCAACCUCAUCGAACCCAUGAAAUCUUUCCACUGGGGAAAGGAUGUGAGCAUCGAGAACUUGCACCAAGGCUUCACGCACGUCUUUGAGUCAACGUUUGAGAGCACCGAGGGAAUAGCAGAGUACAUUGGUCAUCCUGCCCACGUCGAAUUCGCGAACCUGUUCCUUCCCUGUCUGGAGAAAGUAGCCGUGAUCGACUACAAGCCGACCAUUGUCCGUACCUGAGUUGACAUCGCAUUGCAAGCUCUGCUAGCAUUGCGAUCGAAUAAUAAUUUUGUUAUGUAUGACAGAACUGAAGUUGGAAUGUGCCAUUAUGUUGGGCAAGGUGAUUGAUAUGGUUCAAACUUGAGAGACUCGGUUUGCAAAUUACAAGGCAAAAUAUAAUGCUGUAUCGCCGUGUGGAAUAUGCUUUAUCUAAAUUCAGAUUUUAUGAGGACAAA